GAAGAGCCCGCCGGCCGCGAGUCCUGGCUCUAAAAUGCUGCCCUUUCGCUGCUGCGCCUGCCCCCCCUUUUUUGUCCAAUCGACGGGGAAACACCCAGAGGCCCCGCAUUUGAGCCUGGUUUACGCGGCGCAGCCUGGCCUGCCCUCCACCUUCACAGGCCGCGGGGAGUCGAAUGCGGGAACUUAAAUUUGAUUAGCUGGGAGCCUGCCUGAAACCACGGUGCAGCGCUUUGAUUCUCCUUGGUUCUUACAAAACUCAUUAAAAGCUGGACAACAAAAGAAUUCUGCUCUGUAGCUAGUAAUUACAGCUCCUGAUGUGGGAGUGGUGGACGGCCUUUGCCUGGUAUCUGUGCACCGAAAUCAGGCCGAGCUUAUCCGUCUCCCUCCACGCUGAAAACCCUGCCAGGCUGAACUAUCUAGAACCCAGCAGCAGGUCGUCUCCAAACCAGAUCCCCCCUAAAGAAAAGAGCUUUCCUUUAGGGUUCCAGGUGGCUAAUUGGCAACAGGCAAGAUGUCUUUACACUCCGGUCUUCUGUUUGUGGCGUGUUCAUGUAACCCACGGGUAACAGGACUUGGUGCACCAAGUAAAUGAUGCACAGAGGGCCCUGGCCUCUGGGUGACGUGGGGGAAGCCGCCUCCCCUUCAGGUUAUCCUGGCGCUCCAGGAGCUCAGGAUUUAGGGCUCCACAUUCAGCUGGGAUUUGGCACUCCCUGGGGUGGGGGUUGUUAGCUGUGACCCUUGGCAAGUUACUAGAGGUCCAUGUUGCCUCACUGUACGAUGAUGGUGGGACCUGCGCUCCCAGGGGAGUCGAAGGGGGGAGGUAAGCCUCCCUCUUGGCCCUUCAUGAGUAGGGUUCUGUCCCAGCGCCCUCUGAGGCAGUGAAGAUCCAGUCUUGAGCACCUGUGGAUGGUGUGAUAAGGUAGAUGGUGCGCACAUGUGGGGGGCCCAGGGCACCCCUUUUUGCCCUGGGGCCCCAGGACUGUUAUUUCUCUCCAGCCUCUCUGGCCUCUCUGGCACCAUGAUAACUACCAGCACCCAGGGCUCUAACAGCCUCUCACCUCUUGCCAAGGCUCCUCCCACUCCAGCAGAUGAAUGACUUUGGGAUGAAGAACAUGGACCAGGUGGCUCCUGUGUCCAGCGUGUACAGAGGGACACUCAAGCGCCAGCCGGCGUUUGACACCUUCGACGGGUCUCUGUUUGCUGUGUUCCCGUCCCUAAAUGAAGAGCAGACGCUCCAAGAAGUGCCCACAGGCUUGGACUCCAUUUCUCACGACUCCACCAACUGCGAGCUGCCCCUGCUCACCCCCUGCAGCAAGGCCGUGAUGAGUCAGGCCCUAAAAGCUACCUUCAGUGGCUUCAAAAAGGAGCAGCGCCGCCUUGGCAUUCCCAAGAACCCCUGGCUGUGGACCGAGCAGCAGGUGUGCCAGUGGCUUCUCUGGGCCACCAACGAGUUCAGUCUGGUGAACGUCAACAUCCAGAGGUUCGGGAUGAAUGGCCAGGUGCUGUGUGACCUCGGCAAGGAGCGCUUCCUGGAGCUGGCGCCGGACUUUGUGGGCGACAUUCUCUGGGAGCAUCUUGAGCAGAUGAUCAAAGAAAACCAAGAAAAGACAGAAGCUCAGUACGAAGAAAAUUCCCACCUCAACUCAGUUCCCCAUUGGAUUAAUAGCAAUUCACUAGGUUUUGGCGUGGAGCAGGCCCCGUACGGGAUGCAGGCGCAGAGUUACCCCAAAGGCAGCCUACUGGACAACAUGUGUCCUUCCUCGGGGGCACCCCGUGCACUCGGUUCUGAGCAGGAGUUUCAGGGGUUCCCCAAGUCUCGGCUCAACACCGUCAGUGUCAACUACUGCCCCGUCAGCCAGGACUUCCCGGGCGGCAGUUUGAAUCUGCUCACCAACGGCUCUGGGAAGCCCAGAGACCAUGACUCGCCCGAGAACGGCCCGGACAGCUUCGAGAGCUCGGACUCCCUGCUGCAGUCCUGGAACAGCCAGUCCUCUCUGCUGGACGUGCAGCGAGUGCCUUCCUUCGAGAGCUUCGAGGACGACUGCAGCCAGUCCCUGUGCCUCAGCAAGCCGACCAUGUCUUUCAAGGAUUACAUCCAGGAGCGGAGCGACCCGGUAGAGCAAGGCAAACCAGUUAUACCUGCGGCCGUGCUGGCUGGCUUCACAGGCAGCGGCCCCAUCCAGCUGUGGCAGUUCCUCCUGGAGCUGCUGUCCGACAAGUCGUGCCAGUCCUUCAUCAGCUGGACCGGCGACGGGUGGGAGUUCAAGCUCGCGGACCCCGACGAGGUGGCCCGGCGCUGGGGCCGGCGGAAGAACAAGCCCAAGAUGAACUACGAGAAGCUGAGCCGCGGGCUGCGCUACUACUACGACAAGAACAUCAUCCACAAGACGUCGGGCAAGCGCUACGUGUACCGGUUCGUGUGCGACCUGCAGAACCUGCUGGGCUUCACGCCCGAGGAGCUGCACGCCAUCCUGGGCGUCCAGCCGGACACGGAGGACUGAGCGGGCCCGGCCCGAACGACCGCCCC